AUGUUGUCAACAAGAACAUGCAAGGUCUCUCUAAUAAUAUCAGUCCUUGUGGAUGUCCUCCUCUGUGCCGCCCUUCUGGUAUCCCUUGCCUACUAUUUCAUCAAUGGAAAAUCAUUUUCCGCACAUUAUAUUGUUGGUUUCCUGGCAUUCUUCAUACUAUUCACUGGAUUUUUCAUCUCAUUGGUUGUAGCAGUUCACACGAAAGAUAUCAGAGCGAUCCUGGUUUCAGUGGCUUUUACGGUUGCUCGAUUCAUUUGUGCUAUAAUUGUGGUGAUUGCAUGGAUGUCAGAUUAUCAUGGAAAUCCAACAGAAGAAAUGCCGAAAAAAGAAGAAGCCGGACCAGAAGACCCAUACGAAUGGAUUUCUCAACGAAAAGCGAUCUUGAUUGCGUUCGCAGGAAUAUACAUCAAGAUUUUCAUUUCACAAUUAUUUAUUCUUAACAGAUACUACUCCCAUGCCGCUGAAUCACAACGAGAAGCCAAAGAACGAGAAGUCAAUAUGGAAUUUUAG